CACACACACACAAAAACGAAUAAUCAAUCAAUCAAUCAAAGAAAUUAAUACCAGAAAUUAUUGUACAGAUAAAUAAAAGAAUGAAGACGAGGAAAGAUGAAGGAGAGUUGAUCGCAGCAAAGAGAGGAUAUAAAAACGCAUCGGCGGAAGGAAACCGGCAGGAGGAAGCGCGGUGGGCGAACGUAAUCGGAGAUAUAUUGAAAAAGAGAGGCGAAUAUGUGGAGGCUUUGAAAUGGUAUCGAAUCGAUUACGAGGUUUCGACAAAGUAUUUACCUCAGAAACAUCUGCUUCCCACUUGUCAAUCUCUUGGUGAAGUUCAUCUUCGCCUCCAAAAUUUCCAAGAUGCCCUUCAUUUCCAGAGAGAACAUUUGGACCUUGCAAACGAUGCGGGUGACUUGGUUGAGCAACAAAGAGCAAGCACCCAACUUGGGCGGACAUACUAUGAAAUGUUUUUAAACUCCGAUAGUGAUCAACCUUCUCUUCGGAAUGCCAAAAAGUACUUUAUUUCUGCCAUGAAGUUGGCUCAUACUCUUAAAAAGUCCAACAAGCAGAGUUUUUUGAAAGAAUACAUAGAUUCCCAUAAUAACAUAGGGAUGGUUGAAAUGGACCUUGAUAAUCUGCAAGAAUCUGAAAAAAUUCUUACCAGGGGCUUGCAAAUUUGUGACGAAGAAGAGGUUUCUGAAAAUGAUGAUGGGAGAACACGUCUCCAUCAUAACCUUGGGAACGUUUAUUUGGACCUAAGAAAAUGGGACAAGGCGAAAAAGCACAUCGAGAAGGAUAUUGUUAUUUGUAAGAACAUUGGUCAUGCUCCAGGUGAGGCAAAGGGAUACAUAAACCUUGGUGAGCUACAUUAUAGGGUACAGAAAUAUGAAGAGGCAGAUCUGUGUUAUCAAAAGGCAAUGGAGUUGGCUAAAUCUAUGGAUGAUGAGUAUGCUUUAGCUGAUCAAAUUAACCAAAAUAUAGAAGUCGUGAAAAAAGCAACACAGGUAAUGGAGGAGAUGAAGAAGGAAGAGCAGAAGCUCAAGAAACUGAGCAGAAACGUAAUUUUGGCAAAAGGCACAUCAGGUGAGAGGAAGCUCUUGCUACAGCAGAAUGCAUCUCUUGAUUCCCUUAUUGAUAAAUCAAGCACGAUUUUUGCAUGGAAGAAGCACUGUGAGUUUGCAAAAAAGAAGAAAAAAAUAGCCAGGGAAAUUUGUGACAAAGAAAAACUGGGUGAUUCAUACCUAGUUAUUGGCGAGUCUUACCAAAAGCUCCGGAACUUUAACAAAGCCAAAAAAUGGUACUCCAGAUGCUGGGAGACCUACAAGUCGAUUGGGAACAUAGAGGGGCAAGCAUUAGCUAAGAUUAAUCUCGGAGGUGUCAUGGAUUCGGUAGGCAAAUGGUCAGAGGCGUUAGAUGAAUUCAGAGAAGGCUACAGAAUUGCUUGUGAAGCUAAUCUACCUUUAACACAGCUGUCUGCACUGGAGAAUAUGCAUUAUAGUCAGAUGAUCAGAUUUGAUAAUGUUGGAGAGGCCAGGAGGUUGCAGUCUGAAAUCGACAAAUUAAAGCAGGCAAUCAGUGAUGCUGAACCUUUAAAUGUUCCAAAAGACUGCUGCUCUGAGACUGAUACCGAGGGAGAUAAUAUAUCAUUAGUCAAUUCUGGCUCAAAAUAUUCACCAAAUCCAAGUUUAUCAAAAUCAUAUGGUAACAAUUUGUCAGAAGAUGAUGUCCCUUUGGUCUCACUUUCUCGCUCAGAUGACUAUCGAUCCAAAUCAAAACGCUGUAGUUCUACAAAGUCAUUGGAAGCCUCAAACAAGAGUGUGUCCAAGUCCUGUAGUCAAACAGUUAGUCGAAAAAGGGGUCGGUUACUCCUUUCUGACGAUGAAGAUGAAUAUCAGGAAGUGCGGUGUCCUAAUGGAAAAAUUCAUGAGUCCCCACAAGAACAUGUUUCCAUUUGUAAUGAUUUCAAUAGUAGAAAGGAUCUUGAUAGUCAUACUGAUGAAUAUCAGGAUGUCUCACCAGUUUCUUUUAAAUAUGAAAGUCGUUCUUGUAAUCCUGUCCAUACGGAGGAAAGCACUUCUUCCCUCAAAGGCAGGAGUCUAAAACUAGCCACACAAACUGCAAAAGAUUUCAGAUGCUCAAAUCCUCUUGAGGAUGAUAGUGCUGGUGUUUAUGAAAAUCUUUGUCAUAAAAUGGGUGAUUCGGGCUCUAUUUAUGCUGCUUGUGAAGAUGAAUACUGUAAACAUAUUAUAUUCAAAGUCAUGGAUGACUUUGUACACAUCGAACCUGUCGGAUGUAAAUAUGGCGGUAAGCAGAGCAUUGACGAUAUGAAGGUUGAAGUUGCGUGUUUAUACUAUUUGAAGCUUAAUAAAGAGAAGAGGAUCAAAGGCGACUUGCCCAUCAUACAUCAUUUCAAGUGUGGAAGAGAAGUGAUUGAAUCCUUGGAGACAUUGGAUACAUCAAAUGAUUAUAUGUGUGGGAAAUGCUGGGUUGAAGUCUCCAUAGGUUGUUGGGAACCUAAGAGCUUGGUAAUGCGUUAUGUUGAUUGUUGUAAUGAUCUUUCUGAACAGCCCAACCUGAAACUGCUUAAGAAGCUGUAUAUUUUAACGGAAUCAGCGGAUGAAAUAGAUGUCUCUGAAUGUGGAUUGAAAGAUGCAGCAGUAGCACCAUUAAUAAAUGCCUUACAGCUGCACAAUAAUAUCUGUGCGCUAAACCUGUCGCAUAAUUUGCUAGGAAAUGCAACUAUUGAGAAACUGAAUGGGUUAUUUACUUCACCAUAUCAAAAGUCUGGCGAUUUGGUUUUGGAUUUACACUGCAAUCUGUUUGGUCCUACUGCCUUAUUACAGAUUUGUGAAUGCAAUGUGAUUGUGUCUCGCUUGGAAGUGCUGAAUAUCUCUGGGAAUAAUUUGAAUGAUAAAUGUUCGACAUCCAUUUCUACAAUUUUGCAGAAUUGCAAAGCUCUUUAUAGCUUAAAUAUGGAGCGCUGUUCUAUAACAUCUCGGAUAAUCAAGAAGAUUACCGAGUCGCUAAAUUCUGGAUCGUCCCUUCAAGAACUUUCGAUUGGAUACAAUAGCGAUAUAUCUGAAAUUUUCUUGGUUAGUCUGUUGGAUAAACUUGCCACUCUAAAGAGCUUCACACGACUAAGCGUAAACGGCAUUAAGUUAGAAGAUGAUGCAGUUGAUAGCCUGUGCGAGCUCAUAAAGGCUACUACUUUGUCCCAUCUGAUGAUUGGAGAUACAAGUAUUGGAACUGAGAGAGCUAUACAGUUGAUGGAUUCAUUUGGCAGUAAAAAAUGUGAUCGAGUCAAGCUUGAUUUAUCAUCCUGCUUGUUGACAGCAAACUUUAUCAUGAAACUCAAUAUGCAUACAUCUUUGAUCAGCCAUAUGCUGGAGUUGAAUGCUUAUGGAAAUCCACUUAUGCAAGAGGGUGGCAUUGCUUUGGCAUCACUUCUCAAAAACCCCCAUUGCAAAAUAAAGGUUCUUGAUUUGAGCAAGUGCCAACUUAGUCUUGUUUGUGUACUCGGUAUUCUUCAGUCUUUAGCUACCAACACGUCUAUCAUGGAACUCAACUUGUCAGAAAAUGCUCUCCAAGGGGAAUAUGAUACUUUGGUCAAAGUCAAAUCACAUGAGGAGGUUAGCUUAGAUGGUGACCACGAUUUACUUGAGCUCGAGGUUGCUGAUAGUGAAGAUGAAGCUAAUGAGCCAAGAAGACCUGGUCGUAAUGUGAAAUGCAAAAGUUCAUUCGAAAAUCAUGUUUUCAAGUCAAAUCGAACAUUCAUUCAGGAGCUUUCAUCUGCCAUUUCUGCAGCAACACAUCUUCAGUUACUUGAUGUCAGCAACAACGGAUUCUCAGAGCAAGUGGGAGAAACGUUGUACGAUGCAUGGUUAUUGAAACCAAGAGGUGGUUUAACACAAAGGCAUAUUCAGGGAGGCAUCAUUCAUUUAUCAGCUGAGCCUAAUUUAUGUUGCAACGCCAAGCCCUGCUGCAAAAAGUGAAUAUUCAUUUAUUUCAAAAUUAAAAUAUGCUCCAAUAUAUUACAUUUUAAUAGAUGGCGUGAGUUUGGAGGAUUUUGGAAUGGGUUGUACAAAAUAUUGGUGAAAAUAAAGCUACUAAGCCAUAGGUAAUUGAGUAGUUUUAUGUAUAUGACAAAACUAGGGAAAUUUUGAUACUAAAUUAUUUAGAAAUUAGAGUUUCUAGAUCCAGUGCUUUUGAAUUAACUGGUGAUAUUGAGAUAAAAUACAUUUUAAA